AUGGGAGACGCCGUGGUGGGAAUCAUUGGGAUGGGUGACAUGGGCAAGAUGUACGCCCGGAGGAUCAGCGAUGCCGGCUGGAAGUGAGUGUCUGAAUCUGCCAGCCGGUCUGGAAUUGAAGGGUAAGUCCUCACUGCUCCCGCUCACAUCACCUACCCAACAUUCACUUGCAAUGAUGACUUGAGUGCAUUUGGCUCGAGUAUGGUCGCGCCGGCACCAGUUGCUUCCGUCAUGGCGCUUCUGACCGGCCGGCCGUCAAUGAUGUAAAAUCUCAGCUACCUAAUUUUUUCUUGUCUGACACGCAACUACUCCCUUCACUCCACAUCACGGCUCGCAACGAGGUCGAAUGAAGGCUAACUCGAUUGCAGGAAUGCUCCGUGCCAUGCUCACAUGCCUGUAGAGUUCACGCUUGUGAUCUGCCUGAGAAAUACGAGGCACUGAAGGCCGAGUUCGCCACCAGAGUAGGCUCUCAUCUCUGUAAAUAGAUAGUCUAGCUUUCGCUGAAAGGUCGAUAGAAGAGUGUAGAGAUUCUCGAAAACGGCCACCUCGUUUCCCGCAGCAGCGACUGGAUCAUGUACGCUGUUGAAGCCAGGAACAUCGACUCCAUCGUCGCAAGAUUUGGUCCGUCAACUAAACUCGGCGCCAUCGUCGGCGGCCAGACCUCAACAAAGGCUCCCGAAAUUGCUGCCUUCGAGAAACACUUGCCCAAAGAUAUCGAGAUUGUAUCCUGUCACUCCCUUCACGGGCCUGGUGUGGACCCAAAAGGCCAGCCUCUUGUCAUCAUUCGUCACCGUGCGUCCGAGAAAGCGGUCGCGCUGGUCCAGCAAAUACUUUCGUGCUUUGAGUCAACCAUCGUCAACAUAUCUGCCGAGAAGCAUGAUCGAAUCACCGCGGAUACGCAAGCGGUCACCCACGCCGCUUUCCUCUCGAUGGGUACGGCCUGGCAAGCGAACAACCAAUUCCCGUGGGAGAUACCACGCUACAUCGGCGGCAUCGAAAACGUCAAGAUCAACAUCAUGAUGCGCAUCUUCAGCAACAAGUGGCACGUCUACGCUGGUCUCGCCAUCCUCAACCCAGCAGCAAAGGCACAGAUACGACAGUACGCAGAGAGCGUGACGGAACUCUAUAAACUGAUGCUCGCAGGUCAUCGUCAAGAGCUGUCGGAAAGAAUACAUGCUGCGAAGGCCGCAGUCUUCGGCAAGGAUCGGAAAGACGAAGAGCUUUUGCUCCAAGACGACCUCCUCGACCGCUUCAGUCUAGGUGAGAAACCCGGCGCGCGAGUCAAGAACAACCAUCUCAGCCUGCUCGCUAUGGUCGACUGCUGGUGGAAGCUCGGCAUCGUACCGUACGACCACAUGAUCUGCUCCACCCCUCUCUUCCGACUCUGGCUCGGUAUCACGGAAUACGUCUACCGCAACGAAGAACUCCUCGCGGAAUGCAUCGAAACUGCGAUCGAAGAUCAGAGCUUCCGUGCCGAUGACCUUGAAUUCACGUUUGCUGCCCGCGACUGGAGUGAGAGGGUUAGCCUGGGACAUAUGGACGGCUAUCGGGAGAAGUUUGAGAAGAUUCAAAGGUACUUCGCACCCAGAUUUCCGGAGGCGAACAAGAUGGGCAAUGAGAUGAUUCGGACUAUUGAGGAGAAUUUGCAGGCGAGGAGGAAGGCAGGUGGGCAGUAA